AGGUUAGCGCGAGGCGUGACCUAGUUGACAGGCUCUGAGGUGCUGCUGUGGCGGCGGCUGCCUGGCAGAGCGGGCGGGUCGAGGGAGGAGGGCGGCGACGGGCCAGCGGCUAGCGGCGCGGGACGCAGAGCCUUUGCACUUUUCCCUCCCGAGUGUCCCCUCCAUCCACCCCCCACACUCCACACACCCUGUUUGCCCGUGAGCCUGGGGAACUUGCAGCUUAAAGCCAGCCACCCCCACGGCAGCAUGUACCCCAGCAACAAGAAGAAAAAGGUGUGGAGAGAGGAGAAAGAACGUUUGCUGAAGAUGACCUUAGAGGAGAGACGCAAAGAAUACAUAAGGGACUAUGUUUCUCUGAGCACCAUUCUAUCAUGGAAGGAAGAGAUGAAGAGCAAAGGCCAAAAUGAUGAAGAAAAUACUCAGGGAGCACCACAGAUGAAGAAAAGCUUGAGUGAAAAGGUUUCUCUCUACAGAGGUGACAUCACUCUGCUAGAGGUGGAUGCAAUCGUCAAUGCGGCAAAUGCCAGUCUUCUCGGAGGAGGAGGUGUGGAUGGCUGUAUUCACAGAGCUGCUGGCCCCUGUUUGUUAGCUGAGUGUCGGAACCUGAACGGCUGUGAGACUGGACAUGCAAAAAUCACAUGUGGCUACGACCUCCCUGCAAAGUAUGUCAUCCAUACUGUAGGGCCAAUAGCCAGAGGCCACAUUAAUGGUUCCCACAAGGAAGACCUCGCAAAUUGCUAUCAAUCAUCCUUGAAGCUGGUGAAAGAAAAUAACCUCCGAUCAGUGGCUUUCCCCUGCAUUUCAACAGGCAUUUAUGGUUUUCCAAAUGAGCCUGCAGCAGUCAUUGCCCUAGGUACCAUUAAGGAAUGGCUGGCCAAGAAUCACCAGGAGGUGGAUCGAAUCAUCUUCUGUGUCUUCCUAGAAGUUGAUUUCAAAAUCUACAAAAAGAAAAUGAACGAGUUUUUCCCUGUUGAUGAUAACAAUGAAGGAACAGAUGCUGACAUGAAAGAAGAUUCAGAAGGGCCAGAGCCUAAAGGCCUUUCUCCACCCCACAAGAAGAGCAAAGCAAAGAAACCAGAAAGUUCAAAAGACUCCAGUGAAGAUGAAAGUGGUCCAGAGGAAAAGCAAACUGUGGAAGAAAUGGAAGGGCAGAGCCAAGACGCAGGUGGGCUCAGGUUUCUUUUGAGGAGUCUCCUAGGCCUCAUCCACAGAGAUGGUGUCAACACCACCCCUGUGCCCAGUCCAGCUUUGGAAGACAAAGCUGAAGUCCACAAAGAUGAAGAUUCUGCAAAGGAUGACAAUACUAUAAAAGACAGUGACAUGACCAAUCAUUCUGUGUGUGACCAAGAACUUCCCAAUGGACAAGAGAAUGACUCAACAAAGAGUGAGGGGAAAACUGAGACAGAAUCCCCAAGCUCCUCUAUGGAAACAGAAGACCUUUCACCAAAUCAAGAAGAUGCCACAAUUGUGGAACAACCAGAAGUGAUCCCCCUGAUAGAUGACCAAGAAGCACAAGAAGGUGAAGAAGCUCAAGGCAAGGAUGCACCUGCUGUGUUUGCAGAAAGCCAAGGUUCCAGCGAGGCAGAAAACACUUCAGGUCCUGAUGUUGACAUGAACAGUCAGGUGGAUGGUGUAAAUGAGCCAACAGAAAGUCUGCAAGAAGAUCUCCAAUAAGGCCACAAGAUGAAGCAAAGGAACAAAGAACUGAAGCUAAAUGACAGCCCUCAGCAUGGCAAGACCUGGCCCUGGGGGACUUGGGAAGAUGAUAGUGUGUGCUGUGGAAGGGGGUGGGGGAGGGGGGAAGCAAGUUCAUGGAAGAAAGGGGGUCCUUUGCUCUAAUUCUCCAGCUGCAUUUUGUUGUUUACCUACAGAAAAGAAAAAGAUGAGAAAACAAAACAAAACAAAAAGAAAAGACAAGAAAAAAUGAAAAAGCAAGCAAGCUCCCUCCAUCUGUGGGAGGCCCCAUGCUUAGCAUCUUUCAGGCACUCAGUCCAUAUCAUUUCUGUCUUUUCUCCAUUUCUCACCCUAGGGCCAUGGUGAUAGGGUUAAUACUCUCCUAGGGCUCCUUGCCCCUCUCUGCUUUCUUGAUUCUCUCACAAAGCUGGUCAUAGGACAAUUUGUUCCAUGAAUAAGAAAGAACAUGAUGACAAGCUAAAUUGGCAGGCUAAAUUUCAAGAGUUGUCAUGCCCACCACUGGUAUAAUCCACAAAGGAGGAAGGAUAGAAAAUGGGUACAAACCUCAGAAAACACUUGGAAGAGGUCUGAAUAAGGAGUUCAAAAUAUUCAAAUAAGCAUUAACAAAGAAGGUCAGACUUGGCAGCUGCUAGAGUCUCCACUCUUCACACCCAGGAUGCCCUGUGUGUUCAUUUUUGGGGCUGAUUUCAAGCACUGCUUCCUUGGUUUAUGAGGUCUUCACUGUGCGCUUCCAUAUGGAGUCCAUCCCCAAGAUGUGGGUUUUUUUUUUUUUUUUUUUUUUUUUUUUGUACACAAUUGGAAUGGGUGUUACUAUCAUUGAAAUCAAAGGGAGUGUCUUACUUCAUUUAGGACUCUAAUCUAUUAGUAACAAUUGUAGUUUUCAAAGUUCCACUUGAAGUCUCUACUCUUCAUAAAAGAAUAUCCAUGGUGACCCAAGAUGUGCUAGCCCACAGAGGUUCACACUUGAAGUUAGGAGCAUUUGGAGCCAUUACUUCUAGCCCUGACUUCCUGAUCUGCUAAUGCCAAAUCCAGGGGUGAUUUGGCAGCUCAUCCACUCAUCCAAAACUUAGCCAGAACUAUAUACGACUUAAGAAGCCAGUGGAUUUCUGAGUUCGAGGCCAGCCUGGUCUACAAAGUGAGUUCCAGGACAGCCAGGGCUAUACAGAAAAACCCUGUCUCGAAAAACCAAAAAAAAAAAAAAAAAAAGCCAGUGGAACAGUGGUAGCUCAAGCAACGAGGACCAGAGGAGGCUGGGCAUCCUCCCAACUAUCCAUCCCAGAACAAUCCUAGGUCUCCCACUGCCUCUUGGGUAUCUAAAGACAUGGUAGUGUCUUUUGCAUAUCAUCUUAACUCCCUAGUGUUUUAGAAUUGUAAUGUUUUAUGUUGCUAUUCCUAACAAAAUGGGAAACAUGGAACUGAGAGACGAUAUCUAAAGUUAACAGUGAGAUGAUACCACUUUAUAAGUAUCUCAUCCAAUUUGCUAGUUUGGUCCUUUCCUGUGGAAAAUCCAUCUUAUCUUCCUAUGACUAGUUUUGCCUGCUCUGCGUUAGUUUCUGUUUCUAGGUAAUUUAUUUGAUAUGAUAACGUAAGUAGCAAACCACACCCCUGCGUAUGUUACCUUUUAACAGCUCUUCUUUUCAUUAACACAGUUCAUCAACAUCAAAACAAGGCUAUUUCAGGAAUUUCAUAAAGCUUCCCCAUGGCUUUUGCUCUUUUUUUUUCCCCUCUCUUUCUACAGUUUGACAUGACAGCAUAUACCUCUCCAUUACGUGUUGUUUUCUAGAACAAUUCUUCCUCUAAGUAAGCUAAGGAUGCCAUCCAGAUAGAUAGCUUCACUGUUUCCUGCCAUCUUCAUAUUUUACAAGCAUCCAUCACUUUUGUGAAGUGCCUGACAAAAGAACCAUGCUGGAAAGGCAUUUCCCCAUAACGCUAUGGGGAAGUAUAACUUAGCCUCUGUUAUAGGGUCACAGUGGGAAGGCACACCUGAGAUAAGAGGAAUGGCCAGAACUGAGACAAUUCCAGGCCACCUUUCUCAUUACCAAUGGCAGCCAUUGUGUUUGGUCAUCUUGUGUGGGGAUAGGUUAAGAAACGGUGGGAGAGAAUUCUCUGGAAACUGUAGGAAAAGGAAAACAAUCUUUAUAUUUAGGAAACAGAAAAGGAGGAGUCCCACUCCUGAAUUUGCUUAAACUUCCUUUUAUGAAUUAAAGUGCAUUUUCAUCUUUGCUUUGCAGUAGAUUUUUGGUUGCUAUGUGGCUGAAUGAUUGUAUGCUUUAAAAUAAAUAAUGCAGUUAAUUUACACUUCAAUAAUGAAAUAUAAAAAUGUUAGCUCUGGGCCAGACUGAAGGCAUUUCAGAUAAGGAGAUGCGUUGUUCACUGGCCCUGUCACUGCACAGUCUGUACAAUGCAGUACAUGUGGGAAGUGGACUGAUGCUUUCUGCACAUGAAUGCUAGAUGGCCAUUUCCAAACAUGCUUCAGACAGGCCACAUGUCAUGAAGGGCAAUAAGGGGAUGGGAGGAAACUAGCCCUGUUAUUAGUCACGUUUGCAUACAGAGGACUGAAGUAGACCUUCAACAUAAUAGUCCUAAUUAAAAAGGCACUCACUGCAGACUAGACAAAGGCGCUUUUCCUCUUCCUGAUAACUAUUCAGAUGAUGGACAAGUCUUCUUUGAUAAAAGCUUACAAAGAAGACAUCCGAAGCACUGUCUAUGAUACUGGGUCACAUAUUAAUCACUGAAGCUAAUUGUAAAUCUUUCUAUGAAACACUGAAAAGCCUCUUUGUGAAUUAAUACAGUUCUGCUUGCUGCACUUGGUUUGCAAAGACAUUUCUCUGUAUUUGGUGCAUGUCAGCUGUGCUUUGAAAAACAACAAAGUUAGCAGAAUAUGUUCAAUAUAUUUUCUCGGGAAAUAGGGUUUUUAUCAUAUGACUCAUUAAGGAUUUGCCUUACCCUGACAUUUGUGAUAUAAAGGAAAAUCAGGAAAAAAGUAAUUUUCUUGAACAAGAUAUGUUUUUACUUAAUGCAAAUAAGUGUAGUCUGUUGCUUGCAAGGAACAAAAAUGUCUUCUGGUAUUACUAGGGUAACAUGUGCCUCUUUUGUUAAACCAGUCUUGAAAUGCUGGACAGCUUCUGAGUCUGUUUGUCUCUUUUCAUCUGUGCCACACACUAUGACACUUAAAUGACUGUUGCCUUCGAACUAUAUUUGUUAGAGCAGAGUGCAAAUAAACUUCUUUGAGAGGAUAA